CCCUUGGAAAAUAGAGCCUGCCCUGGCUCCUCCGGCAUUGAAUCCCCUUCCCAUGCCCAGGUCCAAAAGGCCUAGACCAAACAUGCUGCCUUCAUCACCUGACUCAUCUGUGCUCACUCGGGAAGGUUCAUCUAAGGUAACUGUAGACCCUUCGCCAGCAAGUGGUUAUUCGAGGGUCUUGCAAGGUCAAGAAUUCUCGACCUUGAAGGGCAAUUUUGCAGAGAGUAAUGAAUCUGAUACUGCUGAGAAGUCUGUUGUAUGGCAACCUUCAAUAGAUGAUGACAAGGUUGACGUAGUUUCUGCUUCAAGACGAUAUGGUUCAGAGAGUUGGAUGCCUACAGGAAGGCAUGAACCAACUUAUACAGAUUUACUAUCUGGAUUUGGAGCCAAUGCUGACCUCACCCACGGUCACUGCUCAUCAUUCGCUGAUCAAGCUGUGGCAACUAUGAAUCCAAUUAAGAAACAUUUACUUGAUCAGGAGGGAAAGUUUAACUUGCUUCCAAGUCCGUGGUCCCUAAUGUCUUCUGGUCUCUCUCUUAAGUUGGCUGAAUCAAGUUCUAAUGUUCCCAAGCAAGGUGUUGAUGCAUCUUACCCAUCACGAGGAAACAUUAGACAUGGAGGAUAUGGUGAAUAUCCCAUGCUUCAUGGUCACAGAGUGGAGCAUUCCCAUGGAAGCUGGAUGAUGCCACCUCCACCACCGUCUCGUUUUGAGAACAUAACUCAUUCAAGGGAGCCAGUGGCAAAGUCAGUGAUGGCACAAGAACUAGAGACUGGAAAACCCAAAGAUGGUAACUGCAAGCUCUUUGGGAUUCCCCUUGUUCGCAACUCAGCAAGGGCAGAGCCAUUGGUGUCCCAUAGAAGCAUUAUGAAUGAGCCAAUGGGUCAUCCGCGGAUCUCAUCACUGCAAGCUCACGCAUUUGAGCUUGAUCAAAAGUCAGAGCAUUCAAAGGGCCCUAAGUUGGCCUAUGAUCGCCACACUGUAAGUGAGCAGGAGAAACCAUCCCAAAUUUUUCAGCCUCAUACACGGGAUGUUCAAAACAAAGCUCAUAGUGGAUCAACAAGGAGUUGUACCAAGGUUCACAAGCAGGGGAUAGCCCUUGGACGAUCUGUUGAUCUAACCAAGUUCAGCAACUAUGAUGCGUUAAUUGCUGAAUUAGAUCAGUUGUUUGAAUUUGGUGGCGAGUUGAUGGCUCCAAAGAAGAAUUGGUUGAUUGUAUACACUGAUGAUGAGGGUGAUAUGAUGCUUGUUGGCGAUGAUCCUUGGCAGGAAUUUUGUGGCAUGGUUCGCAAAAUCUUUAUCUACACCCGAGAAGAGGUGCAGAAGAUGAACCCAGGAACUUUGAGUCUAAAAAGUGAGGAGAACAUGGUGGUGGCUGCGGAAGGAUCAGAGAUGAAAGAGGCAAAAUGUGUUUCACAUCCAUCAGCAUCCUCUGCUGAGAACAGCUAAACUAUUGCAUUGCUAUCACGUUCCAACUUCCAAGUAGUGUAGGGGUUUUUUUAUUUUGUGCUGGCGACAGAGGGACAGUGCCUGUACAGCCAAUUGCAUUUGGUGAAAUGUCAACUGAUUGUGAGGGAUGAGUCACCUCUCGCAGAUGGCGAGUUUGUUCUAGGAAAUCUAAAGUAGAUGUGGCAAACAAUAGUAUUAUCCAAUUUUGGACGUGUAGCGGAGUUGAUGAUAUUUUUUAUGGUUCGAAUUUCGGUUAUAUAUAUAUAUAAUUAUAUAUGUAUACCCUUAUUGUAAGCACGCAAUGGCAGCCUUGCUAUUUUUCUUUUUAAUUUUUUCUUUUUUCCGUCUUUAAAGCCUCCCCCACCACCCUCUUUGUACAGAGCUGCUUUUUACCUUGGUCUCAACCCUUUUAAUGUAAGUAAGUUUAUUAUUA